AUGCCCCGCCUCUACUCACCCGCCCCACUGCGCGACAUGACCACGCUCGACCCGCUCCCGACCGACAUUACAGACAUCAUCUUUGACCAUCUCAUCGAGCUCAUCCCCCUCACCCUCGCCGUCCUCUCCAAAGCAUGCUACAACAAGCUUGUGCCCCAUAUCUACAAGACCGUCAUCAUCCGCAAAGCCAACGCAUCGCGCGUCCUGUACGGUAUGUGUCUCGAGCAGACCGCCGAGCUGCCCUACCCAUACGGCGGCCUGUUGUUUGGCAAACGCAAAGCCAAAGCAUUCGAGUACACCAAAAAGGUCGUGUUCAAAGAUAUCUGGGCUGCAGAAGCCCUCGUCCUCGCCGCCCGCGAAUUCCCCACCCACGAAUUCGGCUUCAUGGCCACCGAAAACUCCUACCCCCUCCUCUUCCCACACACCACCCAUCUCCUCCUCGGCAAAGCCCUCCUCCGCUCCCUCCCCGACUGCGCCCGCGACGUCAGCAUCGCCGAGCAAAAGCGCUGGGAAACCAACCACGUCCUCCGCUUCCAAGACGGCGCCACGCAGAAAGACAAGUGGGUCGAGCAUUUCGGAAACUGGUUUGUGACCGCGGGCGAGUUUGAGGAUUUGCUUUUCCGGAUGGUGGACCCCGAGGUGAUCUGCUUUGAUAUGCAGUAUGUGGAGUGUGAUGGCAAUUCCAUGUCGGGCUCAAGGGUCACGGAUGCUAUAGGGCUGCAUCGCCCGAAGGGGCGGGUGGUGAUACAUUGGUUCUUUUACUCGGCGGAGGAACAGCGCCCGCUGUUUGGUGAAAUCGCAAUGUCCACCCCCAUCACCAUCAUCUUCCACACCUCCCCCCCUCCCAACGAGGAAAUCACAGACCCCGAAAUCGCCCUCGCCCACUCCAUCUUCACCUCCUUCACCCCCCUCCAAGCCGCGCGCGAACUCGCCCUCGCCGUCGACCGCAUGAUUGAGGAAAUCCUCAAUUUCACCGACAUCAUCUCGGACGACAGGCUGCCGGGGGAGGAAGAGUGCGAGUCGUGUGAGAUCGAGUUGGUGUUGCCGCAAGCGGAGGAGGUGAGGAGGAUAUGGAAGUGGGAAGGGAGGGAGGAUAGGACGGAGGAGGUGGUGGAGUUUACAGAGACGUGGGAGAGGAUUGUCAAGUUUAGGGAUGUGCAGGAGGUGGGGGCUUGUGAGGCGUGUGGGAGGGAGUUGGAGAUGUGGAUGGACGAUAGAGGCAGGGUGCAGGGAUACGCGGGAUCGCAGGGUUGA